ACAGAGAGUCAAAUAAAUAAAGAAAAGAAAAUUAUUGAAAAAGACUGCUAUCAUCGCUUCAUCACUCUUCCUUUUCCUCUUUUUCAUUUUUAUUAUUUUUUCCCUCUCUCUCUCUCUCUUUCCAUGGCUUCUUCUUCAUCUUCCUUUCACUUCCCUUGACCUGUUCUUCAUGGUUGAUCUGAUAUGGGUUUUUGAUUUCUUCACAUAUUGGGGUUAGUUCAACUUCUACUAUCUCUACUCGUCCUUUCAACAUUGUGAAUAAGGAGUAGGGCUUUGUUGCAAUUUUGUGUUUCUUUCGAAAUAUUACUGAAGGUUCAUAUUGUAAAGUGGAAAUGGUGGGCAAAGAGGAUCCUCCUGCUAGUCCUAGGGCUCCAUCGUGCCAGCUUUCAAGCUCGCGAAAAAUGUUUUGGCGUUCAGCUUCGUGGUCCUCUUCCCGGACGAGUGGUCAAAUUCCCUUAACUGAGGACAAAGAUCUAGGAGCAGGUUCUAAUGGUAAUGAUGGUAUUAAUAAUGGGCAAACUCGCCGGUUUCCUCCUCCUCCUUUAACUCCGCGUUCUCAACAGAAUUGUAAGGCCAGGUCAUGUUUGCCACCUUUGCAGCCACUGUCAAUUGCACGAAGGAGUUUGGAUGAGUGGCCGAAGGCCGGUUCUGAUGACCUUGGUGAGUGGCCACAACCGCCAACCCCAAGUGGGAACAAGAGUGGGGAGAGGUUAAAGCUUGAUUUAUCAUCAAUUCAGCGGAAUAAUGAUAAGAAUGGCGGGCUUGUAAAGAGGGAUAAGAUUGCUUUCUUUGAUAAAGAAUGCUCGAAAGUGGCAGAACAUAUUUAUCUUGGUGGAGAUGCUGUUGCAAAGGACAGGGAAAUACUUAAAAAGAAUGGUAUUACUCAUGUUUUAAAUUGUGUUGGGUUUGUUUGUCCAGAGUAUUUCAAGGCUGAUUUUGUGUACAGAACUUUGUGGUUGCAAGAUAGUCCAUCGGAAGAUAUUACUAGCAUACUUUAUGAUGUUUUUGAUUAUUUUGAGGAUGUUCGGGAACUGGGUGGAAGGGUUUUCGUUCAUUGCUGCCAGGGGGUAUCGAGGUCCACAUCAUUGGUGAUAGCAUAUCUUAUGUGGAGAGAGGGACAGAGUUUCGAUGAUGCCUUUCAGUAUGUAAAGGCUGCAAGAGGAAUUGCUGAUCCAAAUAUGGGUUUCGCUUGCCAGUUGUUACAGUGCCAAAAGAGGGUCCAUGCAUUCCCUUUGAGCCCUAGUUCCUUGUUGAGAAUGUAUAGAAUUGCACCUCAUUCUCCUUAUGAUCCUUUGCACCUAGUCCCUAAAAUGCUGAAUGAUCCAUCUCCUUCGGGUCUAGAUUCUCGAGGUGCAUUUAUUGUUCAUAUACCUUCUGCAAUAUAUAUUUGGAUUGGUAAAAACUGUGAAUCUAUCAUGGAAAGAGAUGUGCGAGGUGCUGUUUGUCAGAUUGUUCGGUAUGAGAGAGUGCAGGGACCGGUAAUAGUGAUCAAGGAAGGAGAAGAACCGGCUUAUUUUUGGAAUGCAUUUUCAAACUUUCUACCAUUGAUGGAUAAAUCUGGAAACAAAGUUGAGGUAGGGGAGUCGGCAAUUAAAAUUUGCUUGGGUGAGAGGAAAGUGGAUGCGUAUAAUGUUGAUUUCGAGAUUUUUCAGAAGGCUAUAAAGGGUGGCUUUGUCCCUCCAUUUGCUUCAUCCGAGAAUGAACAUGAAACCCACCUUCCUGCAAGAGAAAGCAGUUGGAGUAUGCUUCGACGUAAGUUUGCCUCUGGCAUAAUGAAGGAGUUUGUCUCGGCACCGAAGAUAUUACUCUCCAGGGUUUAUUCAGAUUCCAUGAUGGUAGUUCAUGCAUCAUCACCGUCAUCGGCAUCAUCCUCUUCGUCUUCUUCUUCCUCACCUCCUUAUCUCUCUCCAGAUUCCAUCUCUUCCGAUUCCAGUACUUGCUCAAAGUACUUUUCUGAAUCCUCUCUGGAUUCACCUUCAGCUGUUUUGUAUUCUCUUCCGGUUUCUUCGACUUUGUCUAACUUUUCUAAUUUGUCUCUCAUUUCAUCCCGAAGUUCUCUGCACCCCAAAAUUAAUAGCUCAGAAAUUGCCAGUGUCAAUCUCACUUCUCAACCUUGUUCAAAAUCUGCAUUUUCACCUCUAAAAAAGGUUUCACCUUCCCUUGCUGAACGCCGAGGUAGUUUGUCAAAGUCUCUCAAGCUGCCAGUGAUGAGCGAUAGUAUAAGAGAAACAAACGAUCGGUCAUGUUUUCUUGUUAAGCAAGAUGGGGUUCGGAUAGAUAACAAUACCAGCUCAUCAUGUGAAUCAGAUAUUGAAAUUGUCUUUGACUCCAAGCGUGGUGUUAGAAAUGGUAGGGAUAUUUUGGUUCAAGGUUCUGGUUUGAAGAUAUCCCCAGGUAGACUAGCUAAUGUUGGCCAACAUGAUUCUGAAUCUACUUUUGUUAAUAGUUGUUGUGAAAGUCCAAGAAACCAUCCUCCUCAGGAUGGUCUCCUGUCUGCUGUUCCAAACAGGAUGGAGGAAAUUAUUCCAGCUUGCACAGGUGUAGUUCAGCCUUUAGUAUGCCACUGGCCCAGUAUAGAGAAGAUGACAAAUUUUACUAGAAGUGAUCUAGAUUCAAAGUCCGCUUUUGCAAUUUUUUUGCCGACUGCAGCUGUAGACGAAAACAAAGAUAGGAUUCUAUAUUUUUGGAUAGGAAGAUCCUUUCAUCUUGAAAAAAGAUCAAACCAACUAGAUAGCAGCAGAGUGGUAGGGGAUAGAGAAGAUAUCGACUGGAACCAAGUUGCUUAUGAUGUACUCACAAAAGUGGGUCUUCCGAAUGAUACCCCUGUUAAGAUUGUCAAAGAAGAUGAAGAACCAAUGGAAUUUCUUAUGUUGCUGAGGACAUUGUAGCUUUACUGCAAUCUAGGAUAUAUCUGCAGGCCAAUAGUUCAUAGAUUAUCUUUUGUCUCUUCAAAUGGCUUAUUUUUGCUGUGGAAUUUCAGGCAUCAGGCAUAAUUCCCAUGGGAAAACCAAUGAGAUGUCAUUCAGCUACAAGGGAAGUCCAUGUGAAGAUCAGAUCCUGUUGGUUGUUUUUAGUUCAUUUUAAGUAGACUUCAGUUAUAGAGCAUGAAGAGAAUGCAAGCAAGAUGUCAGUCGGCAUGUGUUAUCUAAGAAACUAUGCUUUAGAGACCGGGGGAGGGAGGGGCUCAAAGCAUGUAAUUUGACAAAUUGGGAGUUUCACGCUAUAUAUGCUGAAGCUUAGUGCAUGUAAGAGUCAGGACCUUGGUGACACCAUAGUAAAUGUGAUUUCCCUGGAUGUCCCAUUACAGUGUCCUCUGGCUGCCAUAAUUUUAUUGUUUUGGCUCAAUCCACUGCUGGGUAAACACUUGCACACUUUUUUGUAUUUGAAGGUCGAUUGUUCACUGUACUGAUGUUGAAGUAGGGUGACCAAGAACCUGGGUUUCUGGAAAAUUUUAUAGAGUUGAGCUUCGUUAUCAUACAAUCAGGUUACAAUAGGUGGAAAUUACUUGCAUUGCAUGCAGUCGUUAACAAAUCUAGCCUUGCAUGUUUUUCACAUUAUCAGUUUGUUUCACUGUUUGUCUUUGGAUGUUUGCAGGUAGCUACCAUGUCGGAAUUCGCCUGGUUGUACAGCACCAUCGUAACUGAUAAUCAUUUGUUUCGAUAGACAGUUAUUGUAUAUUCAGUGUUAUUAGAAUCAAAUUCUUAAAAUCUUAGUUAUCCAUUCCAGCCUCAAUAGAUUCACUGUAAUUUCCCUUGUGCCUGCAACAUCAUUUCGUUUCUCAAAACUGUUCAAUUCAAUACUCUUUAGCAUGAACUUUCUAUGGCAAAUGUUGGAUUCUUAAA